AUGAAGGCUACGCCUCUUCUUAUCGCCUGGCAUGAUGACAAUGCCCCAGUGUACUCCGUCCAUUUCGAUCCUCAUGGCAAGGGAAGACUAGCUACAGCCGGAAAUGACAACAAUGUUCGUCUAUGGAGGGUGGAAGCUACUGGGGAGGAGCGAAAGAUUACCUAUCUAAGCACACUAGUCAAGCAUACACAAGCGGUGAACGUUGUACGCUUCAGUCCUAAAGGUGAGAUGCUGGCAUCUGCUGGGGACGAUGGAAAUGUCCUCCUCUGGGUACCAUCAGAGCUGCAAACACAUUCGAGACUGGGUGAGGAUCGAGCCGAUGACAAGGAAACGUGGCGGGUGAAACAUAUGUGCAGGUCUUCCGGCGCCGAGAUCUACGAUCUAGCAUGGUCACCAGAUGGCGUGUUUUUCAUAACUGGCAGCAUGGAUAAUGUAGCUCGGAUCUAUAACGCACAAACCGGUCAAAUGGUGCGGCAGAUUGCCGAGCACUCACACUACGUACAAGGUGUCGCUUGGGAUCCGCUGAACGAAUAUGUCGCAACGCAAUCCUCUGACCGUUCAGUUCAUAUUUACACACUGAAAACGAAAGAUGGUCAGUUUACCUUAACUUCACAUGGGAAAUUUCUCAAAAUGGAUUUGCCUGCGAGACGAAUAUCCUCGAAUAGUCCCGCACCGCCAGAUAUGGGCCUGCGAAACCAGUCAACUACCAGCAAUUCUGUUGCAGUAUCAUCUCCAGGUCCAUCGACUCCUGGAACUCCUAUGACAGGGCUGCCAAUGGAUCCACCACCUAUGUCUCUGAGUCGCCGGUCUUCGUUUGGUUCCUCUCCUUCCAUUCGAAGAUCAGCCUCUCCCGCUCCAUCGAUGCCUUUACCGGCUGUUAAACCUCUUGAUAUGCCGUCUCCAAGCUUCCUUGGUGGACUCGGUGUUAAAAACUCGAGUCUCUACGCCAAUGAGACGUUUACAUCCUUCUUUCGACGAUUGACCUUUGCUCCUGAUGGGAGCCUUCUAUUCACACCCGCAGGGCAAUAUAAGAUGCCCUUGCAGGGUGAUCCUUCGAAGGGUGCAGAAGAUGUCACCAAUACCGUUUACAUUUAUACACGGGCUGGAUUUAAUAAACCACCAAUUGCCCACCUUCCUGGGCAUAAAAAGCCUUCUAUUGCGGUCAAGUGCUCUCCAGUAUUUUAUACCUUACGACAGGGCUUAAAACCUACACGCCAUAUCACCCUUGAUACCUCUUCUGUCGAUGACUCUUUUGCUUCUCUCCCUGACUCCAUGAUGCCGCCAAACUUACCACCUCCAAUUUCUACGUCCAUGGAGCCACCUCCAUUAGCCCUGCCUACUCCAGCUACGAGUGAUCCCUCACGCCCUCUCUCAUUACCUAAAACUCAGGAGCAAGAUGCCAGUGCUACAAACCAACCAAAUCCUCCUGCAUUUUCGCUCCCUUACCGGAUAGUCUACGCAGUAGCCACGCAAGACGCGGUUCUUGUUUACGAUACACAACAGCAAACACCACUAUGUGUCGUGAGCAACUUACAUUUCGCAACUUUCACCGAUUUAACUUGGUCACAGGAUGGUCUUACUCUGAUAAUGAGCUCCUCCGAUGGGUUUUGUUCAACCCUCUCAUUUACGCCCGGGGAACUUGGCCAGACUUAUUCCGUUGAAAAACAGCAUGUGUCAACUAGCACUCCGUCAUCAGCCACCACUCCUUCGCAUACCUCUGGUUCUCUAAGCUCCCCCGGCAUAGCAAAGUCAACGCCAGCUAUACCUCGCCCUUCGGGCCCCGUGAGCCCCGCCAGCUCCGUGGCCGCAAGCAUCGGGCAUAUCAACAUGCCACCAUCAAAUGCUGGUGUUUUCAAUAACCCUACUCCAACUCUGAGUUCAGUUCCCUCGGUCACAGCUACAAAUUCAGCGCCUCCUCCAAACCUAUCGUUUACAACACCACCGCAGACUCCCAUGACCGGCGUUUCGCACAGCGCAAGGAGCUCUAUCAGCGGAAGCGUCCUGGGGAAGCGAGAUCUCGGCGCUAUCAGCGAGUCGGAUAAAGAGGAUACGAAGGAGCCGAGCGAGCCCGUGCAGCAAGCCAAUGACAACGGGGGCGCUACGCCCCGAGCACCCAAACGAAAGCGAAUAGCGCCGACGCUUAUAUCUGCAGGAGAGAGCACGGACAAUAAUGUUCCAGAGAGCAGCAGUGGCAAACCGGCAGACUGA